GAUCCAAAGUGAUGGGCAACAAUUCUGAUUAUUAAGGUUGAUCAACUUUCUAUCAAAUUAAUUGAGAAGAGAAAACACUCGACUCUUUCUUUUUUCUUUCUUUUUUGCUUUCUCUUCUUCUUCUCUUCCAGUUUCAAGUCUCGGUUUCUCUCUCACCUUCAUCUUCAUUGAGAAAUUAUUACAACUCAUCAGAGAGAAAGAGGAAAAGCUCUUCCUCUGGUUUGUUUUUCUUUUUGUUUAUCAUUCAUGUUUUUCUUUUCUUUUCUAUAUUUUGAUUAUGUUCCAUUUUCUCCGAUUGCGAAUACUAAUUGUUACCAGUUAAUUGUCUUCUAAAUGUUACCAAAUAGUCGCAAUCGUUAUAAUCAAUGAUUAACAAGAUUUUCCUAUUGACCUUGCAACUGUUUGUGUUUCUCUCAUCACUCAAUUUCAUUGGUCAUGUUAAAGGAUCAGUUGGUGAUCACCUUUCCUAUUACCGGAAAUGUUUAACUGAUUGUUUAUCAUCAAAUUGUUCUAACCAAGAGGAAUUAGAAAAAUUUUGGACCAAUCAACCAGUUCAUCUGAAUUUAACUCUAUGGAGCUGUGAAGAAGAGUGUAAAUAUCAAUGCCAAUGGUCAACAAUUGAUUUUCUUCUCGUUGAAUUGGAAUUGGAGAGAAAUCUUUUACCUCAGUUCCAUGGAAAGUGGACUUUUUAUCGAUUCUUUGGAAUCCAAGAACCGGCAUCGGCCUUAUUUUCCCUCUUGAAUUUGGUCACUACUUAUCUCGCUUGGACUCGUUAUGCUAAACGGAUUCUCCAGGAAAGUCCGUCCGAUGAUCUGGACAAGGGUUUUACUGUUGGAAACAUUGUCGAUCCUUAUUUCAAGGUCACUACGAUUGGAGCCAUUCUUAGUAUGAAUGCUUGGCUCUGGUCGACUGUUUUUCACAGUAGAGACACUCUACUAACUGAGAGGUUGGAUUAUUUUUCUGCAUUUUCGACUGUUCUGUUUUCUUUCUAUGCCAUUGUUGUCAGAAUGAUAGAUGAACACCUCGAUUUACCUGGAAAAAGAUCAACCAUUCACACUUCACUGUUAUUACCUUUUAUUAGUUACUAUUUGUAUCAUGUUUAUUACCUUAUUUUUGUACAAUUUGAUUAUGCUUUCAAUAUGAAGGCGAAUCUUGUUGCUGGCUUUUCCAGUUCACUUUUAUGGUUAAUUUGGGCCUACAAGAGACUUGCAACUAUACCGAUGUCACAAUUAAAAGAUCAUCAUAUUGUCAAAUGUGUCAUAUCAAUUCUACUAGUUAAUUGUCUUCUCAUCUUUGAGAUUAACGAUUUCCCUCCAAUCUAUUUCAUUUUGGAUGCUCAUUCAAUUUGGCAUUUUGGAACAAUUUGUCUACCAUUUCUAUGGUUUAGUUUCCUAGAGAAAGAAGCUCUUGAAGGACAAGCAAAGAAAAAACCAGAGAGAGAAUCAUCAUCGAAAACUAAAUUACACUGCAAUUAAUCAACAAUUAACAAUAACCCUGGAGAAAGAUGUGAUUUAUCAACAAACAAAACUAUUAAAUUUCACUAAUAUUUCAUUAAUUGUUCAUCGCCAAUUCACUUUAUGCAAUUUGUUACACUGGUCGUUUGGACAAUCGAGGCACCAUUGCAAUCAUUAAAUUCAACUAAUUGUUACAUUUUUUUAACACCCAAAACACUUGAUAAUUACAAUUAAAGUGCAAUUUAUCCUGGGGCAUCAUCAUAAAAAGAACAA